AGGAUUUAUCACAGAUUUUGGUCUCGAAUAUUUUGCUAAAAAACUCACUUUACUCUCCUUCUCGUGCUCGUUUAUCGGUCUGUCCGUCAUUUCUCGAUCGGAGGAAAAGAAAAAACCCUAAUCUCCUCGUUUCGCCGGAAACCACCGUCUCCAUUCGUGAGAAGCGGGCUUCGAUGCUGUGAGUCCGUCAGAGAUCUGGUGGAAAUGGACGCAGAUACGGCGGCACAUCCAAUGGAGAGUUCCGAGAAAGAACUGGAGGAGCGCCUUCUCAAAGCUGGCAACGAGCUCGCAGAUCCACCGUCGUCGGCGGAGGAGCUCCUCUCAAUUCUUGAGCGAGUUGAGAGUUACUUAUCAAAGAUUGAACAGACACCUAAUGAAUCUAUGCAAACUGCACUCUCUCCAACACUGAAAGCAUUAACUGGAGAAAUUUUCUUAAAGCAUUCAGAUGCUGAUGUCAAAGUUGCAGUUGCGUCCUGUCUUAGUGAAAUAACAAGAAUCACUGCACCUGAUGCUCCUUAUGAUGAUGAUGAAAUGAAGGAGGUGUUUCAGUUAAUUGUAUCUUCAUUUGAAAAUCUACAUGAUAAGUCAAGCCGAUCAUAUGCAAAGAAGCUCUCAAUGCUUGAAACUGUUGCAAAAGUCAGAUCAUGCGUAGUAAUGCUGGACCUUGAGUGCGAUCACCUGAUUUUGGAGAUGUUUCAGCAUUUCUUGAAGGAAAUAAGGGAACAUCAUCCUGAGGAUGUUUUUUCAUCCAUGGAAACAGUUAUGACACUUGUUCUGGAAGAAAGUGAAGAUAUAUCCAUGGAUUUACUUUGUCCACUCCUGGCCACUUUUAAGAAAGACAAUGAGGAAGUUUCUCCAAUUGCCCUACAAUUGGUGGAGAGGGUCCUUGAAAAUUGUGCAACCAAGCUUCAACCCUACUUAGUACAAGCAGUCAAAACCUUGGGCAUAUCUGUGGAUGACAGUAAGAUACUUGCUAAAAUAUGCCAAGAUGCAUCUGAUAGCUUCGAAAAAAAUGAUGUAUGUGUUAGUAGUGAGCAUGUGGAAGAUAAGGGCAAGUCACCAAAGCAAUCAUCAGAGGAGACAACACAAGCGGCUAAAGGAGAUGCAACGGAAGCUGAACAUUCUCAACAAGAUAAUCCUAAUGGGAACAGAUCGCCGAAGUCAGUCAUGAGCAAUGGUGUUGCAUGUGUCAGAGAAGAUAAUGCUUUAGCAGAUUCGAAGUCCAAUAAGCAAGAGGAUACUGAUUGUUCUGGUCACUCUGAAUCUUUGGAUGUAUCUGGUCAGAGGGAACUCAAUAAUUUGGACGCUGAAAAGGUUGACAAUGAUGGAGGAAAACCAAAACAAACCACCAAGAGGCGAAGGAGGAAAUCAAGAUCUUCAACUAAAUCAAGAAAACCUUCUGUUAAAGCAGGGUCACAGGGUCAAGUUGUGGCUCAUGAGAAGGAAGCUGAGAAGCCUUCUGUUGUAGCAGGGUCACAGGAUCAAGUUGAUGCUGAUGAGAAGGAAGCUGAGAAAAGGCUGGACUCUGAAGCUCCCAGUUCCCCCCAUGAAGACCAUUCUGUUGAAGCUGCAGGACCUACAGAGGAAGACGAAGAGACUCAUGCUAAUAUUUCUUCGCCCGAAGCAUGCAAUGAUGAUUCUGAAGUUAAAGGUUCUCCUUCAACAAGUGAGAACCUCCCUAACAAAAAUCAUUCAAAGAAACUUGGAAAAGCAAAAAUGAAGGAGGACCCUGCUAAAGAAGGGGCUGCAGAGGAUGUUUCAAAUAAGAUGUCUAAAGGAGCAAGUGAUUCAGAAGCCAAACCUGCCAGGCACUCAGUGAAAAAGGCCCUUGGUCGAAACUCUGAUGUUAAAGAUACUACUGUCGCUCAUGAGAAGGAAGCUGAGAAAAGGCUGGACUCUGAAGCUCCCAGUUCCCCCCAUGAAGGCCAUUCUGUUGAAGCAGCUGGACCUACAGAGGAUGACAAAGAGACUCAUGCUGAUAUUUCUUCACCCGAAGCAUGCGAUGAUGAAUCUGAAGUUAAAGCUUCUCCUUCAACAAGUGAGAACCUCCAUGACCAAAUUCGUUCAAAGAAACUUGGAAAAGCAAAAAUUAAGGAUAUCCCUGCUAAAGAAGGGGCUACAGAGGAUGUUUCAAUUAAGGUGUCUAGAGGAGCAAGUAAUUCAGAAGCCAAACCUGCCAGGCGUUCAGUAAAGAAAGCCCUUGGUCGAAACUCUGAUGUUAAAGAUACUACUGUGGCAGAUUUAGUCAAAAAAGGAAGUGGGGCUGCAAGUGAUGUUGAUGCUAAAAAGAAUUCAGCAAAGAAGUUAGGUGAACACAAAAGUGAUAUUAAUGCUAAAAAGCACUCGGCAAAGAAACUAGAUGAACAGAAGGGUGGUAGUGGAUCCUCUUCAAGGAAGCUGGAGAACAAUAAAAAGUCAGGGCGGGGCAAAGCUAACUCUGAAGCAGCUGUUGCAAAAUCUUCUGCUAUAGAUGUUGAUAAGGAAAUGACGGUGUAUUCUCCAAGGUCUGGUACAAAAUCCACUAAAUCUGAAAAUACAGAGGAGAUUCCCCUGACAAGUGCAAAGAGGAAACGUACUCCAGGAAAAGAAAAAGAGUCUGAUACAAAGAAAUAUGGUGAAAACCUUGUUGGUUUACGGGUUAAAGUUUGGUGGCCUGAGGAUCGUGAGUUUUACACGGGUGUCGUUAAUUCAUUUGAUUCCGCCAGAAAGAAGCACAAGGUGUUGUAUGAUGAUGGUGAUGAAGAAACAUUAAAUCUUAGGGAGGAAAAAUGGGGGGUCAUUAAAAAAGCUGAUUCAGAUGCUGAUGGGGAAGAAGGAAGUGAUCAGGCAGGUCUUGAUGGUUCUGCUGAAAUGCCACCAACGAAGAAAGGAAAAUCAAGCAGUCAAUCAACUAAGCAAGGAAAGACGGGUGCUUCUUCCAGUUUUGGAGCAACAGGAUCAGGUGGAUCUAAAGGCAUAUCCCUGAAGUCUGGCCAUAAGUCCAAAGACGGCAACAAAUCCAAAGAUUCCAAGGACACCACUCCUAGAAGUGGUGGCAGUAAAUAUACUCCUGAACAAAAAAUGACUAGCAAAUCUAAGACCACACCAAAACCCUCUGCCAAGUCUAAGCAAGAAACCAUGAAGAGUGGAAAAUCCAAACAAAAAACUCCGAAGACUGCUGCUUCCAAGAGAAAGCAGCCCCCAAAAAGCAAUGGAAAGUCCAAUGUAAAUGAUAGUGACAAGGUGAAGUCUGCUUUGAAGAGAAAAGAUUCAGAGGAUGAGAGCUCAGAUGUUUCAUCAAGAGAGGUAGAAGAUACCAAGGCCGAGUUGUCAGAGGAUGAUGACAUUAGCACGCCAACACCCUCUGCCAAGUCUAAGAAAGAAACCCUGAAGAGUGGAAAAUCCAAGCAAACAACCCAAAAGACUGCUUCUUCUAAGAGAAAGCUCCCCAAAAGCAGCGGAAAGUCUGAUGUCAAAGACAGUGACAAGCUGAUGUCUAUUUUGUUGAAGAGAAAAGAUCCAGAGAAUGAGAGCUCAGAUGUUUCAUCAAGAGAGGUAGAAGAUACAAAGGGCAAGUUGUCAAUUUCAUCUAAGGCACAAGGAAGUGGUGCCAAGCGUGAAAAGAAGCGUCAAAGAAGCUAGAACAUUUGAAUAUUUCUUUCUCUGGCCUGAGUCCUCUGGUAAAUCUAAGCUGUGUUAGGUACCUGUUCAUGAAUUGCUGUAAUUGUCUUUUAUUGCUGCUAGCAUUGUUAUCCUUAGUCAGGCUAGUUUAGUUUCAUAGUAUGGGUUAAUAAUAGGUUAACAUCUUUAGCUCUUUUUUGUUUUUUAAUUGUUUCUAGAUGGGGAUAUUUUCUGAAGGCAGUAGCUAAAAAUCAUUUGGUUUGCAACCUUCCAUGAAAGAAUGCUUUGGCACUCUCCAAGACUGACAGAAGGCCACCCAGGAUCGAGUAUGUACAUUGCUUAGGAUUGGGCUAUGAUGUUUAUUGUUGAACCUUGAGCAUAGUUGAAUGAGUAGAAGCUAGUAUUGAAGUUCCGGGCACUAAUUGGGAGGAUAACCCUGUUUUGUAUGGUUUUUCUGGUUUCGAUCUGCAUCUAGUUAGGUAGUAAAUGGAUAUCAGCGCUGUAUUACUUUUAGGCGAAGCUUUAGUUCUAUGGAUUUCAGUUCUGUAAACAUUAGGUAUGAAUAUCAGCUUGCACUAUAUCUUCAGCAUGUUUGUGUUGGCUUCCCUUUCCUCUCUGAAACUAGAAGCCACCAUGGAAGCUUUUCUGCAUAAUUGAUUCUAACUUUAGAAUUAAUUGUGAAGGAUUUUUAAAGAUGCACUUAUUGAUGUUUCUACUA